ACACAAAAGUUUCACAAUUCAAAUUCCACAGCCAGGGUUGCGUAUCUUCUAUUUCUUCCCUCGCUCCACAGUUCUGUCACCACUUCCUUUCUACGGCCUUCCACCACCACAUCGCAAAGGCACACAUUGCUCUCACACGCCACCAGCCGAUGCAUUCAACAUAGUCUGAACUUUUGCUUAUGCCUCAGUCCAAGAAGAAGGCUGAUUGUGGUGAUCACAUUGAUCGAAUAACCGACUUACCAUGUAAUGUUAUUGAUGGCAUACUAAAACACUUGAACAUUCGAGAACUAGUUGGUACUAGUAUUCUGUCAAGAAAGUGGAGGUAUAUGUGGAUUUCAGUCCCGCAACUUAGGUUUGAUGAAGAGUUCUUUUAUAUGUGCGAGUUGCAUCAUCAAGGCCCUGAAAUUUCGAGAAUUAUGAUGAAAGUUCUUAUGCACUACAGUGGGCCACUAUAUAAAUUUACUCUUUGCUUACCUUCAGACUUCAUGCAAAUUGAUUGCCUUGAUAAGUUGAUUAUGUUUUUGUCAACGAGUGACAUUAAAGUUCUUGAACUUUUGAACCUCGGUGUCGAAACAUUAUCCUAUCAAAUGCCAUCUUAUGUCUUCUCUUGUUGGGAGUUGACUAAAUUUGAACUUUAUGGAUUUGAAGUGUCAAUUCCGCCUAAUUUUUGUGGCCUUAAAAGAUUGCUUGACCUUCAAUUACACCUUGUUACAUUUGAGUCUGGUGCACUUGAGAAACUUAUUUCUGGUUGCCCAUCACUUGAAAAGCUCACCAUUUCAUUCUGUUCUGGUUUUGAAUGUAUUGAUUUCUCGGCUCCUACUCUUAAAGUCCUGCGCAUAAACUCUGAAGGUAAUAAUAUCAAGACAAUUAGUCUGAAGAAUGCAAAGAAUUUGAUUGAUUUCACACUCUUGGAUCGUUGGGACGAAAAUGAUGAGACUGUUAGGGCAUCUUGUUUGAUCCAAAGUUUGCCGAAAAUUCGGAGGCUUGUUAUGAAAACAUAUUUCUACUAUAAGAUAUUGUCUGCUCAAGGUGCCAUUCAGCAGUCACUGCUAGAUUCACUUAGCUCCUUAGAGUAUCUGAAAUUUGCUGGCACAAGUUUGUGCGAAAGAGAAGGACUUUUGUAUAUUGUUAGUGUACUGCCAAGUACUCCUAAUCUGGUGGAACUUGUUAUAAAGAGUUAUGAAUUUGCUGAUUAUGUUGACGAACAAGAGUCGGACCAGCUGAAGGAGUUAGAAUGCGAUGGGUGUUGCCUUGGUCAACUUCGUACAGUGAGGAUCGAGAUUGGAUAUAGGUUUAAAUAUGCAUUGUGUUUGAUACGGUUGAUACUUGCAAAUUGUCCGUUGUUAGAGACUCUAACUUUUAAAGUUGGUGGUGGUUUUAAACAGUUAGAACCACUUGUGUUGUUUAGUAUUUCACAAGACUUGUUAAGGAUGAAACGAGCAUCACAAAAAGCACUAGUUGAGUUCACUCAGAUUCAAUAGUUUCUUCCGGUGUAAAUUCCUUCAACGAAUAUGUACCAUGUGCUUUUAAUUAAUUUGAUUGGGAUAAUAUAUUGGGUUCUACUCGAACUCUUAUUUGAUGUUUAGAAAA